AUGCAGACACAACCAAAAAACAUUAUCCAAUGGAACCUCAAUGGACUCCAUAAAAAUAUCGACGAAAUUAAACUUAUAAUAAACUUACACCAACCUAUCGCAAUAUGCCUUCAAAAGACUAACCUCAAGUUCGACGAGUCUCCACCUAAUAUAAAUAACAAUCAAUAUGCAACAAAAAACCGUAGAGGCUGUCUGAGAGCAAGCGGUGGGGUCUGCACUCUCAUUAAUAACUCAUUCCCUUGGGAGGAAAUCCCUCUCCAUACAAACAUUGAAGCUGUCGCAAUAUCAAUCAUACUCGAAACAAAAACCACCCUAUGUAAUAUAUACAUUCUAAAUAAUUUCAAUUUUACACUAAUAGACCUAGAAAAUAUUAUCAAACAACUACCACGUCCCUUUAUCAUUGUCAGGGAUUUCAACAGCCACAGUCAUUCGUGGGGUUCAUAUAAAACCGAUCUAACAGGAAAGAUUAUAGAAAAAUUAUUAGAACAAGAUAACAUCGUAAUACUCAAUAACAAAAAGCAAACUAGGAUAAAUCCCACCAACAGAAACCUCUCAGCCAUCGAUCUAACGUUCUCCACACCUACCUUAGCACAAAGAUUACACUGGCAAGUAUUAAAUGAAAUUUAUAAUAGCGAUCACCUUCCAAUCUCAAUACAAUUCAUUUCCAAUGCUUAUCAAAUGAACCACUCUACAAUAAAAUGGAACCUCAAGAAACCUGACUGGCCUCUAUUCUCAAACCUUCUCGAAAAGAAAAUCAACUCGUCUGAAUUCACUGAUGACGAUAUUGAUAUUGAAACAACAGUCUCAAAAUUCACCAAGACCGUCAUAGAGACAGCAGAACAAACAAUCGGAUACAUAAAACCCCCCUCCAAAAAAACACCAGUUCCGUGGUGGAACAAUGAAAUUAAACAAUCUAUAUCACUAAAAAAUAAAGCACUGAAAACAUUUAUCAAAACCAGAUCCCUCGAGGACCACAUCAAAUUAAAAUAA